AUGGACUUCCUGAAGCCACCAGGCCCGCUGAGCUCGGCUGGUGAAAUUGCCAAGAACUGGCAGGCAUUCAAGCAAAGGUUCGAAUUUUUUCUCGCCGCGUCAGAACAGCCAACCGGCAAGCCUCGAACGGAACCAUGCAAGACAGCACUUCUGCUGAGCGUUGCAGGCGAGGAAGCCAUCGAGAUCUUCAACACGUUCAGCUUUGGCGAAGACGAGAGCAGGAAUGACUACGCCACUGUCAUUGCGAAGUUCGAUGCAUAUUGUGCGGCUCAGCAGAACGAAGUCCAUGAGCGCUACGUUUUCCGUAUGCGAGUCCAGGCCCCUGGUGAGCUUGUCGAACCUUUUUUGCGAGACUUAAAGAACCAGGCACGAGCAUGCAACUUUGGCUCCCAAAUGGACGCAAUGAUUAGGGACCAAAUUGUUUAUGGAACUAACGACGAGAAACUUCGAGAAAGGUUGCUGCGGGACACUACGCUGAAUUUACUGAAGGCUGAGCAGGUUGCUAAAGCAGCUGAAGCGACGGCAGCACAACAAAAAGUUUGGGCACGGGACGAAAGCCACAUUGACGCGAUGCGUAAGGAACACCCAAGUAAACAAAGUGAGUUAACCAGGCAUUAUAAGUGUCCUAAGUGCGCACGUAUGCACCCGCCACGAAGGUGUCCUGCAUUCGGGAAAACAUGUCGCAAAUGUCAACGCCCCAACCAUUUUGCUACCUGCUGCAGACGAUUUGCCGAUAUUGGCGAACUUCAGGGCGGUGAAGAUAACUUUGACAUUCUGGAUGUGUCAAGCUGCGCAGCAAACCAACACGACUGGACAGUUGUCGGCCAAAUCAAGAACGUACCACUUGAAUUCAAGGUCGACACAGGAGCGCAAGCAAAUCUACUACCUUUCGGAUGCUACCGUAAAAUUCGCCCAAAACCGCCCCUGAAACCAAGCAGCGCGGUGUUACGUUCGUAUGGCGGAGGGGUUAUCAAGCAUGAUGGCGUCAUUCGUACAGAAUUAGCACUAGGUGAUCGUUGCGCCAUCCUCGACUUCUUCGUGGUGUCCAAGGGGCAUCAGGCCAUCCUAGGCUUACAGGCUAGCGAAAACCUUGGACUUGUGUCACGCAUACACGCAGUAUCUCGAAACAGUUCCAAGGAAGUCGCAAGGAACUUUCGCCACUUGUUCACAGGAACCGGGUGCGUUGAAAGGGUCUAUCGAAUGGUUCUACGUGACGACGCCACGCCAAUCGUCCAAGCAGCCCGACGAGUGCCACUGGCUCUACAGGAACCCUUGCAAGAACUGGGACGCAUGGAGCGCGCAGGCAUCAUAACCAAAGUCACCGAGCCCACAGACUGGGUAAGCCCAUUGGUCAUUGUUAGAAAGAAGGACGGGAAAAUUCGAGUAUGUAUCGACCCCAGGAGGAUUAACCAAUGCAUCAAGAGAGAACAUUACACAAUGCCGCGAAGAGAAGACAUAGAGGCAGAGUUAGCGGGCGCUACAGUUUUCACCCGUCUUGACGCGAACUCUGGUUUUCACCAAAUUCCGUUGGACAACGAAACCUCACGAAUUGGCACCUUUGCAACGCCAUUCGGGCGCUACAGAUUUCUGCGCUUACCGUUUGGUAUAGCAUCUCGGCGCCUGAGGUAUUCCAGAAAACGCUAAAUGAAAUUGUUGAAGGCCUUCCUGGGGUCAGAGUAUACGUUGAUGAUGUACUGGUGUGGGGGUCGUCGAGGCAGGAGCAUGACAGGCGCCUGCAGUCGGUACUGCAAGCAGCAGAACGCGGCGGUCUGACAUUUAAUCCGAACAAGUGUUCCAUUGGUGUUGGUAAAAUCGAGUUUCUUGGUGACGUCAUUGACCAGGAAGGCAUCAAACCAAGCCCGUCACUGACAAAAUCAAUGAUUCAAAUUCCACCGCCGACCGACAAGCUCGCAGUGCAGAGGAUGCUAGGAACCGUGAAUUAUUUCAGCAAGUUUAUGCCGUCACUGGCCCAAAGGACGACGCUCCUCAGAAAUCUUAUAAAGCAGAAUACUGCGUUUGACUGGUCGCCUAAUCACGCUGAAGAGUGGAGGCAGCUUUGCGAAAGUUUAAGUAGAGCGCCUUUACUAGCCGUGUUCGAUCGAACAAAAGCAACAAAGGUGUCAUGUGAUGCAUCGCAAAACGGAAUUGGCGCAGCGCUAUUGCAGUGCCACCAGGAUACAUGGAAGCCAGUCGCGUAUGCCUCGCGGGCACUUACAGAGUGCGAACAACGUUACUCACAAAUUGAAAAGGAGGCCCUCGCGGUGGCCUAUGGAUGCGAGAAGUUUAACCAUUUUGUCUACGGUCGGCCGUUUAUUCUAGAAACUGAUCACCAUCCUUUGAUCGCCAUCUCGCAGAAGGCCAUUGGCGACAUGCCCCCCAGGUUGCAGCGCUUUUUCCUGCGCCUUCUUCGUUAUGACGUAAAACUUCAGUUCACACCAGGGAAGCAACUUUUUCUCGCUGACAUGCUGUCACGUGCAACAACCGGACCCAUCACGGAAAACGACGUCAUCAACGACGACACUGAAGUGCACGCAGUAAGUGUUGUUUCCUCACUUGUCACCGAUAACACCUGGAAGAGGUUGGAUACGGAAACUAGUCGGGAUGAAGAAUUAAAGCAAGUUCUUGUGGACUUGGCGGCAGGAAAAGCACUCCAAGGCCAUUGGAAAUCUUUUGAAGGAGAGCUUUCUCACGUGAACGGAGUCCUCUUAAAAGGGUGCAAAGUUGUAAUUCCGGCUACGAUGAGGAAAGAAACUUUGGAACGCAUUCAUCAAGGUCAUCUGGGCAUCAAUAAAUGCAAAUCACGAGCCAGGCAUCUCGUCUUCUGGCCAGGAAUAAACGGUGACAUAGAAACUUUCACACAGGCGUGUUCUGCAUGCAAAACGUACGCGUACAGACAGCCCCAAGUGCCGUUAAAGUUACGCCCAGUACCUGAUAAACCGUGGCAUCGUGUCGGCAUCGAUAUUUUUGAGCAUGGUGGACGGUCAUACCUGUGGGUCUACGACACGUUAUCAAACUUUCCUGAAGUACAGCUGCUAAAAGAUACUACCGCGAAGACGGUCAUUGAAGCAACAAGUGCAAUCUUUUGCUAGAUACGGCAUACCAGUUGAAGUUUGUUCGGAUAAUGGCCCACAAUUUUCUAGCCGCGCUUUUGCUGCAUUUGCCCGAAGGUACGACUUCAACCACACCACUUCCAGCCCUCGGUACCCCCAGUCCAAUGGUCUGGCGGAAAAAGGCGUGCAAGUAGUUAAGAGGAUUUUAAAGAAAAGCACUCAAAUGAAUCACGAUUUUUGGCUUGGUCUUCUUGCCUACAGAUCUACUCCAAUGGAAUCCGGACCAUCACCUGGCGAAGUACUUCAAGGAAGACGACUACGGACAACGUUGCUUGACGUCCGGCCCUGCCCAGGUCGCAGCGUACAGAAGCAUCGUCAGACCGACCGUUGCAGCCGAGAACUACCACCACUCAACCCCCGAGACACGGUACGCAUCAAAGAAGGGGAGUGGGCCACCAAAGGUCAAGUCGUUCAAGCUGCGACAUAUCCCCGCUCGUAUAACAUAAUCACUGAAGAUGGCACAUUCUUGCGGCGCAAUCAGCGACAUCUGCUGCCUACAAGAGAAGCUUUUCGACAAAGAGGCCUUUAUGACUCCGAGGAAGACCUCCCCCAAGGGGCUGACGGAAGACCUUCACCAUACAGCAGCAACAGUGCCGCCGAGUCACCGGCCACAACUGGCCACAUUCCCGCCUCAUCAAACGGCUCCUGCAUGCUUGCAGCAGAACCAAGAACCUGCGUUCAGAAGGUCAACCCGAGAGCGAAGGCCCCCACAGAGGCUUACUUAUAAUCGAAGCUUUGUGCAAGUUCCCUAAAUCACGUUCUCACUGUUCGUUUCUACUUAUGUUCUUUCCUGUGUUUCCUUUUUUUCCUCCUUUGAAAGAAAAGGGGAUGUAUCGUAUCUGGCGCAGCGCUGGCUUCGCAUCUAUGGCACGUGUGACGUGACAGCUAUUGGUAUCGCCCAUGACACAUGGUGGUGAGGGAACACACCCAUUCCCACUUAGUGUAUAUAUACACAGCUGUUGAAUAAACGGGGACGCUUUCCGCUCCCCUUGCUUGGAGCCUCUGGUCAUGUCUUGCCUGCGGCACCGCACGAUACACAGCUGUUGCUGGACCUGUCCUCACCCGUCAAAGUCCGGCCUAAAACAGCCUGCUGUAAACUAAGCUUGAAACAAUAAGUUAGUGAUCUCAAUGCGAUUUUAGAUAUAAAAAAACGCGUUUGAAUAAUGAAUAUACACCUGCCAUAACAGUUUGUGUUUAUUUUUGAAGUAAAAAUAGUGCACAAAAUAUCGACAUCAGCGCUCGCGAGUCGUCUGCCUGCAAGAUCGCUUUGCAAACACCUGCACGACGAUGCCAUAUCAUAUCAAAAACUGUUGUACCAUUUCAUUUUUUGGUAGCUCAUUGCACAGCCAACUUAUGUAAAAAUCAGGCGUGCAAAGUAUCACUGAAAAAAUCUGUGUUGGAAAUAUUGUCAUGUAGUAGCGAUGGCAAAUAAAUAGUGCAGACUCAAUCGCAACGAUAGCAGCAAGCAAUGUCGGCGAUCGUCGAAAAUCUCGUCUGCGGGUAAAGCGCGUCGGUUUGCAUACUUCAGUCGUCGAAAGUUACAGCCUAUUCGCUGGUGCCCGCGCGCCUUCCAGAACACUAUACAAUUCGUUUCGCGUAUGCAAUCAGAUUAACAGGGUUCGUCGACAACAGACAGAACCAUCGAUAACAUUCGCGAAACUUCCGAUACGUUCAGGCGCAUCCUGCACUGAGCGAUAACGUUUAACAUUUUUUAGCCGGUGAAAUACGGUGACCAGAUACAGAUAAAGCAUCCGUGUCAAUAUAAUUAUGCUUGUUAGUGCAUGAAAGGAAAGUGAAAAAGUGGGUUCCGAGAAAAUCAGCAAAAUAGAAUUGAAACACCUACAGCACUCAAAAAAAAAAAUCUAUAAUAGCUAAAAUUUAUGUAAUUCGUAGCUUGUCUCCCCCCAAUUCUUGAUUCUGUUAAAUCUAGCCCAUGGAUCACCUCUAUUAUUCUGGGUUGUUUUGAUGCAUCGACACCGCAUCCAGAGGCCUUCACAUUGAGUGUAUUGCCACAAAACAUUUUCACAGUGUAAGGGCCAUGUUCUAUUGGAACUGGUUUCGACAUGGCAAGUUUGUCUUUCGUAACAGUAGUGAAAUGACAUACCGUCAGAUAAUACAAGCUUGAGAAUUGGAGGGUUUUAAUAGGGGUCUUUCGUUGCCCUUUGCCAAGUCGUACUAUUGAAGUGCUUAUUCGAAUGUAUGGGAGCAGCUCAUUUGCAUAGUAUAAGAAAUAUAUAAACAGGUUAUUUUCACAAUUUAUACACUUCGUCACCACAAAAAAAAGUUGUUUUAUUGUUUUCAGCCUGCUAUGAUGUUUUGACUGAGAAAGAUAUAUUCAAUUUGUUCUGGGAGGCACGCAAUAAUUGCGGUGGAAUAUUUUAUUGCACAACACUGGAUACAGUAGCUAACCAUGAUUAUUAUUCAGAUGAAAUUAGUAGCAUAAUGCAUAAGAUCAGGCACAUAGCAUAUUAUUAUUGCACUUUUUUAAUUCAUGCACUUAUUUUAAUUGUACAAAAGCUACUGCACUGAAAUAGUAUACUAGUACAUACUUAAAAAGCGCGAUUUUAUACUACGAUAAUAAUAAUCAUUCAAAUGUUUAUUGUAGUGCCCAGGAACAGCUAGAGAGCCUUUGUACUGGUGCAUAUAACGAGCACUAUGCGAGACAAAAUGUACAGAAAACAUGAAUGUGGUAGACAAAAAAAAUGCAAGAUAGAGAAACAAAUAAGGAAAAGAUGAAAAGUAAACGGGGAGUUAAUCCUACGUGAUUAUCUACAGAUACACAAAACACAGGAAACGAACUCUGAAGUAUGUUUUCGAGUCGAGUUUAUACAGCACAAUCUUGCAACAAGGCCAGGCAACGAAUGUGGAAUGCUACCUGGUAUACUGUUGCGGCACGAACAAAUGCAUAUGAUCAAGAAGCUUUAGGGAAUGCAUAAUGUCAUGGACCACCUUAUACAGGAACAAAAGGUGUGAUUAAGUCUUGAAUGUAGAGGUCCAAGUUGAAGUAUAUUUGAGGAGGCUCAACUGUGGUCGUCAGAAUGGCAAAAGUGGUGCUUUAAGAUAUCAAUUUAUUCUGGAUGCAUUCAAUGACCUCAGAAUUAGAUUUGCUCAUUGCACCCCCUCCUACGGAGGCAUACUCUAGUAGUUGGCGGCACACAGCAGAAUUUCAGAAACAACAGUAGGCGAGUGAAAAUCAUGCAAUAUACGGCAUGCAAUUCCAAGAGUGUGAAGGACAUGUGUAAUUAUCUAUGUGAAGAGAAGCUUAGCAUUUUGUCGAAGUACACACCAAGAUCUUUCAUUUCAUGACCAUAAGGAGUGGAGCAUCACAUAGGGUGUAUCAAAAUUUCACAUAGUGCGUUUUCUGCAUAUAACUUCAUGCCAUAGUAUUGGAAGCAUUUAGAAGUACUUAUUGUUUCUGCAUCAGUUUGAGAGUGAAAAAAUGUCUUUCUGGAAGUCGAUGCAGUGGUGAACACUGUUCACAGUCUCAAAUAGUUUUAAGUUGUCGGCACACAAAGUCAUGCUGUCCAUUUAUUAAAAUGCUCUUAGCACUAACAGAAAGCAAGGAAUCCAAUAUCGAUUCAAACACUUUUGACACACUGCAGAGGAUAGAUAUAGGUCGGCAGUUAGUAACUGCACAUCUAGCACCUGAUUUGUGCAUGGGCAAUGUCCAUGCUACCUUCUGAGUGCUAGAAAAGGUACUAAACUUAAGGGAACUAUUGAAGAUGUUUGUGAGGACAGGGAACAAGUAUGCCCCCAUACGUCUUGACCCUUUCAGAUGCCACUUUAUCCCAUUGAUUGAAAAGUUGCUUUCACCCAAUCUUUUGCAUUUUCCAAAUCGUAUAAAGUGUACAGCUGCAGAAAAUAUUAAGAAUUUUCAAUUGUUUAGCAAGUUUACAAAAUUUCGACUCCAUGUGAAAACUCACUACAGGAACACAAAAUAUGAGAACAUGUACUAUUUCGUGUUUUGAAAAGCUCGAAAAGCACUUAUGCAGCCACUUGAAAAUUAUGCCUGGUGCAUGAUAUUGUAAAAAACAGUGAAAGAAGUGAACCCGCUACAUACAACAUACUGACACAGAGUAAGAACACCCAGCCGUCUACCUUCCCACUCAUUUUGCUAAAACAUUCUGCAUGUUAUUCAAUAUUGCAGCACAGUUCCAAUAAUAAAUGUGACAAGAUGUAUGAAGCACAUUUUAAAUACCAUUACUUUCAUCAGUGCUUUUGCUAUUGAUGCACUCUCCUGCUGUGCACAAUUGUGUAGACAGCGUCUCAAAAGGUUAAGCUCUGCGGAAGAAAUACCAUCAACACCACAAGAAAGGGAAGAUUUAAGGCGCUUCAUACACUUGAAAACAAGGUUUUCAUUGACUGAUAGCGUACACACUGUGCUAGACUGAGAAGGAAGGUUACUUGAAGCAUAUUUCACACCAUAUAGCAAACAGAAAUGUUUUGCAAAGGCAUUAGCAGUGUUCGAGACAACACCACCAUUUUCAUGAAGAAGACGUACAUCUUUGGCACUCUCUUUAGAAGAGUGAAAGCGCACAAAGCUACAGAAAUAUUUUGAAUUAUGUGUCACGCUGGCUUCAACACAAUCAAUGUUGUCGUAGUGAUGAUUCUAAUAAUAAUAAUAAUAUAAUAAUAAUAAUCUUAGUCGUAACUUGGCACUCUAGACUAAACAAGAAGGCUGAUGCCUGUAUGUUAGAGCGUCUGAUAACCAGCCAUCUAGAGCAGGAAUUUGCAGGAUGCAGAAGAUACCUCCUUCCCCUCCACGUGCGCACACACGCACACAAACACACACACUUGCUCAAUAACACAGCACGGCACACACGCACACAUUCGACGGGUGCACAACACACAGGAGUGCCAAUUCAGUCUGGUUCCAAGGAAGGAGAAUCCGAAUGGCCAAGGGGGGUGAAGAGAAAGCUCUGUAUGCCAGAUAUAAUCAUGGAGUUGUGGUGUCGGGCCAUAGAGGCAUGAUGAGGGCUCGGGCUGUGCUGACCACUUGUUCAGACGAACUGAAGAAAGAUUAGUGCUGUUCACAGAGCCGUCAAGCACCUUGCAGUAUAGACUAGUGCAACGUUGCGCUGGUAUUGCAGGGUGUGCUACUUGAGGGGUUUGAGGCAAUCCUCGUAGGCUGGCAUGAGCUUGCAACAACUGAAAAGACGAGAGUAGAGGGUGCGUGUUGUCCGGCGCUGAACAAGCUUAAGUUUGUUAGCGUCGUGAGUUUGGUACGGGAAUUAUACUGAUGAGCAGUACUCAAGUCGCGACAGAAUGAUAGAAGCAUAGAGUGCUCGGAAAACCUUAUGUCAUCAGGGAAGGGAGACACGGGACACAAACUCAAGAAUGGGCCGAUGCUUAGAUACAGUGCUGCUGACAUAUGCGGAAAAGUUGAGAGAAGAGCUAAAUGUUACACCCAGAAUGGGAAGGGCCCGAACCGUCUUUAUAGAGGUGCCUCCAUGGAAGUAGGUUGGACGUGCAGCAGUCUUGUUGUGGCUGAUACGCAUAGCAGCACUUUUUGCAGUGCUACUACAAAGUUUGCUAUUGUAGGCCCAAUCGUUAACCUUUACGGAAUGAAUUUAUUGCAAGCACAUAUGCUGUGCAUCGGCAUAUUGUUGUUGUGGAAAUGUUAAUUUGUUAAUCAAACACAUUCUGCGCAGAUGCAUUAGUAACUUAGUUUUGAGUAGAUCUUUGUCCUGACUACAAUUUAUAGUAUCGCAGCAAGAAACAUUUUAGUAGAAGCUGAAGGGAUUCCAGCAGUUUAAGCAUACCGACUGCACUCACACAAUGCACUCACACCAGCUACACUUUCCAUAAACAAAAAGUGAGAUAAAAAAUCAAUUACACUUUCACCGACUCAGUACUUGCUGCUUCUGAAGCAUGCAUCGAAGCAAUCAUGGUAUAUGCUGCAACAUGCAUAGGUCUUGCAUGAUGCAGGUCCUGCUAUGCACUGCACACGGGGCACAUGUUUCAAACAGAUUUCUUUUUGCAGUGCUCAAGUAUAAGGGCACACUGAAUCAAACAUGACUGCGUUGUCACGUAUGCUUCAGUACGUCAGUGUUCUUGAUUGCUACACGAGCGAUUUAUCUCCAACUAUCCCAAAAGACGGAUGCACUUGAAAGAAGUGAGUGAAGGAGCACAGUGAACUUGUACUGAACUGGAUUCACAUGCCGAAUAGAAGAGCGCAGUGUCAGCUGAAACGGGCGGCACGGCUGAUAAUGUAAGUACUUCCCAUAGUUCGGCUACUAGUGUCUUUCACUUUUGGAAGUUAUCUUUGCCACUAGAAACAGCGCAGAACUUGCCCGUUAAACUUGAGUCACCCGACACCACACGAAAAACGCCGCGUUUGACCACCUCAAGUUUCACACGGUUCAUUCACCACAUCACACAUUACACGACGUCAGGAGUGCCAUAUUUUAAAUCACUGCAGCACCAAACGGCCCCGAAAAUUAAUCUCCGUCGACAGAGUUUCUCAGCUGGGUUCCUUCACUUGCCAGUUACGAACUUGAUGGGCGCACUAGGCCUACUCGCAACGUAGACAACAUCGGCGAUAUGCGAGUGCUGAUUGUCCAGACUUCGGAGUUCGUAAACAUGUCUCCGUUCGUUUUGAGCACAACAAAUUACUCACACAACAAGCACACAGACGUUGCAGCAAUCGUGAUUCGGUUGGCUGUUUUAGCAGACAAUCGUACUGAGCCCGGCGGAACCCAGUGGGCAGGUUGGAUUAGUCGGCGUCGUUCGAAGUAGCUUCAGAUCCACGUCGCGCUGCCACAACCCACGGUCGUCGGUCAGUCGGUCGUGUCGUUGUCGGCCUACUAUUACAACACUGUCUUUCAGGAACACUGUUGCACGCGUUGUGCAUCCAAAGAACUCGGACGAUCAUUGGUGCCGGCGCCUUCGCACGGUCGGUCAUCAUAGGCAUAGCAGCCGGAGGAUUCGCAGCCUCUGAUUGGUUGACGCUUGCAACGCAUUGCAGCCUCUCAUUGGUGCACACCGGCGCAGCGUCGCCUCGCGUCGGCAAACUUCUAGCAUAGGCAGUAGAUAUAAUCGCUGCGCGUCGUCACGCUUCACCGUGUUCUCGACCGACGCUUUUGACGCCUCGGCGCAUGCCGAAGCUUUCCGACGCGUGCCAGUGGUUGGGGCAUAAGGCUUUACGAAGCUGCCUGCCGCACGAGGAGCGACACAACCUGGUGGACCAUGGCACUGAGGUGUUGCACUUUGCUUCCCUCAUUCUAGUUAGCCUCGCACGAAUUGAAAUUACUUGUUCAACUCAAGGAAGCGAGCUUCGUUCACGUGAACUUAGCAUCUGAGUAGCCACCCGAUCUUUUGCUCGCCGAGUUGAACAUCGUACCACGUGGGCGAUGUGCAUGCAAAAUUUCUCUCCCUUACACUACUUUAGUGUUUGCCGAGUGCGUUGAGUGAACGCAGCGUGAGCGGAGUCACCCCUUGUUUGCUCUCACCUGCACAUCGUCUGCGCUGCUGCCCUGGACUACGAUCGAGCCACCCCGGGUAACGGUGAUGCUGUGGCCGGUUCGGCGCAGCGACUUCGGUGGCUGCCUGUAUCCAGCUCUCAACCCUCAGUGGCAGAGAAAAGAGCCGGCGGUCACCAACUGCUACGGCGGCUCUCGCCAGUAGGGCGCUUCGGCGCGAGCGACGCUGGCUCGUACAGACUACUGCAUCGCUGUUUCAGGAAUCCUCACCUGGAAUCGAGUCUGCAGAGCUGCUGCUGUGACCAGUGGACGACAGCGGUGUACCCCAAGGACAAUGUUGGCUCGAAUGUUAUGGAUAGCGUGUGGACAUUUCCUCGGUGCGGCCACAUUUGCGUGUACUACCCCUAGUAAAAAUUCUAAUACAAAAACUAAUAGCCUAUGAGGUUAUUGAUACUAAUAGAGUGUAUUGGUAUUAGACUAAUAGGUUGACGCUAAUAGGACUAGACUAAUAGCCUGUAUUAGGCCAACUGGACAAGGCCAAUAGGGCUAGACUAAUAGGUCUAUUAGCGCUGGUACUAAUAAGUGUAUGAGGACAUUCUAGUCUACAUAAAGGCACACUGGGCAGCUAGAUCCUCCACGUAGCUCACCACAGCGGCACGCAUGUACGUUGUAAGCAACACUGAGACACCUGUAAUACACAAAAGGUCUUUAUUCCACUCCACAUACAUGUUCUUUGUCUGCUUCUUUGAGUUCUCCAAGAUUGCUGGCACUUUCUCCGUCGCUGUCCUGCUGUCCCGCUGCACUCGCUUUCAUUAUGUCAGCAAUCUUGACAGCAAGGAUUUUAUUCAUCAGUUUUUUUUCUUUUUUCCAUUUUCCCAAUCGGAUAACGUUGUAGCAAAAAGUUGCUGAAGAAAUCUGGGAACAAAACACACAUAAGUAAAUAAAUUUCACGACACACACACACAAAACAAGAAAUGCUCACAGCAAGACAAUAAUUGCAAUGAAGUGUUCUUGAUCAAGCCACAGUAAAAAAAAUAGGCCAACAGUGACAUUCUGAGAGCUGCCAAGCAGCCAUCUCGUGUAUUGCUUUUCAAGCUAUUAAGCACUAUAUGAGCUGUCAAAAAGGAAAACACAUAUAAUGGUGGAAUCUUAGUCUGGGAAAGUAAUGUGUAUUAUAUUAGCAUAAAAAACAAAUAUACAACUCUGGUUUUUAUGUCCUGGUAACUAUACCAUGAAGCAAACAAAUUGUGUAGGCUAGGCAGACAAGACAAUCGGGAACAUGCUAUAAUGGGUAUUAGGCUAUCGAUUUAACCAUCUGUUUCAGGUGAGUUAGCACAUGGAAAACUUAACUAAAUACUUAUACAUACCACUUAGGACUGAGCACUUAGUUUUGUCCAACGCUGCCUUUGCGCCAGUUUUCGUCCGGUUUGACACUGCACCUGCCACACUGUGGCCAGCCAAGCCUGCCGUUGAAAAAAUUGCCACAGCAGCUUCACGAACAAAUCAGCUGUCCGUCUUCGCAGCCAUGAGGCGGUUGUAGAGAGCUUCCGUAACAUAUACAUUCUUCCCCAAAUGUACCAGAACAAGUUGCAUGUUAAAUAUUUUACUUAUCAUUGUUGUGCAGCAAAAAGUACUCAGAAAGGAAAUUAGUGACAAACUUGUCACAGCAUGACACAGCAUCUAUGUGUUAUCCCAUGUUUGCUAACAAGCACAAAGCUGCGACAUUAACCUAUCAAAGAAGUGUGUGUGAAAAUAGAAAUACUUACUUGUCCUUCAGCACUUUUGUAAAGAGAAGCUGUCGACUUUCCAGAUUUUGGCUCUCCAUUUUCAUUUAAAUUGCUUGAUGGCGUUUCUUCCGAGCUGCCCUUCACUAGCCCUUCAGGACUCCUGAAGGGUUGUUGUGCUGGUUUUGGUUCACCUGCGCUCCCAGAGGGCUGCAGUGCCUUUUUCAUGCUCCUUUCCGAGCUUGUGAGAACUUUGUCACCGUGUGCGCUCUUUUCACAACAACGUUUCUCUGGAAUACAGGUCACCAAGAAAUACCAAAUGUACAAUACACAAAUAUAAAUGACAACAUUUGCCCACUGCAAACAUCAUCUAAAGACAACGACACAGAAUAUCAGGCACGCACAGUCUCGUCUACUUUCAUGGUGAAAAGGCAAGCAUGUGGUCAUGCUAUGUGGAGUGUUGGUGCAGUCGCACAUGGAACCAAACCUGCAAAUAUAUGCAGUCGUGCUUGAAGGCAUAGCUUUCGCAUCAUCUGCAUUUUGAGUGGCUUGCCAGGCCUGUGUUGUAUAUAGGCAAAUUUCACUUCCAGUUUUGCUGCUGCAUUGGCACUAGUGCUCUACUUGUCUCCCGCAUGUAACAGGCAGCAGUUUCACAGUUUUGAACCUAAUGAACUGAACUUUCUUUUUUUCCAUCAGUGAAAAAGAAUAUGGCCCUUCUCAUUACCCUAGCAGUAACCAUAAUGGUACCGAAUUCUUUGCCCUCAAGAUACAUUUUGCUGGAGAUGGUGCAGUUCAUUUGCUUCAUGGUGGUGAAUGCACCACCCGUUGAUACAUGUAGCACGAAAAUGCAUGGCAGACUUAAGGGCAAUGCAGGCCUAUACGGUGUGUAUCAGAUGAUGCAAAGCCACACGUUCAGGUGUCGCUGCACCAGUGCAGGUUUGCGUGUAUAUGACCAACUGGCUGCAUUGCCACUAGAUUGUGCACAGUCACCUGCUUGCAUGUUUACCCCAAGAGUAGGUGAGCCUGUGCACUAUAAGCAUACAGACAGGACAAAGACGUCACAGGAAGACAGAAGCUGUGAGUCAGUACUAGACUGAAUCAGAAAUUAAAGUGUUGAAUAGCUGCACUAGGGGACAACUUUGUCUGGCAAUGAAACCUAGAAGGGUAGAAUUUCUCAACAUGUUACUCUGCUAUGUAGUCGGAGCGCUUUCAGUUUUUUUAGAAUAGAUGCUGAAUCGGUGCAGCUUCCACGUACAAUGGUUUCGCAUUCUCCCCAAACGUGGAAUAGAAAAGCAGCAAAAUAGAUCAAAUUUAGGACCAGUAUUCUUUUUCAUCCUUUUGCAUUUGCAAAUAUUUCCUUUCCCCCAGCAGGUAUUGUAGAUGAGAAUAAGGAACUUUCAAUGUUCAAUAUUGCAGGCCUAUAGGGAAAGAACUUGCAUGUUAGUGGAGGAACUUGACAGAUAAUUGAGGAAGCUUAGGACAAUGCAGAGGAAGAUGGAAAAGAGUAAGUGAGAUUAGACAUUAGGAUAAAAGCAAGCAGCAGAUAUUACAAAUAAGGAGAUGACUAGGUAAGCAUUGUGAAGGACUGCGUGAUCAUAGAAGAAAAACGCUCAUGCAGAAUGGGAGAUCUCUGGAAAACACUCGAUAUGAUGAAAUUGGAUCUGAAACCUGCAUCGAAGAUCUUGCUACACAGAGCUCUUUCCAGCAUCUCUAUUCUUGCAGAGAGUUUGAUAUUUUCUGCUCUCAGCCUUGACACUUCCUGCUCAAGCUCCUCUGUCUUGUGGUCUUUUUCCUCAGAGAAGAGAGCCUCUAACUGCUUUUUCCCGAAUGUCGCCUCAACAUUCUUUUGCCACAAUGUUGAAGUUCGUUUGUUCUUCUCCUGUGCACGAGCAAAAGGAAAAAAAAAAGAAACGUGAACAAGGAAGUGCAUGCAAGAACGUCUGACCGUGUAGCUAGCAGGGUUGCUGUAAGCUGCCCUUUGCCCAUUUCCAGGGGACCAAUAGUAGUGUCAGGAGGAAACAGAUAGUGCACUGAAUUAGGGCUGCCCAAUGGCUGCAUUGUUACCACACACGCCUACAAGUACCAGGUGCAAGCUGCCCGACCAUGCAGGUGCACCAGUGAAUCAGUGCCGCUAAAAGGCAUUUUUGAACCACAAAAUAACUUAAUGAUGUUUGUAUAUACAGAUAUUUAUGGGCCUCACCUCUCUGUAGGAAUCAUGACUGGUGCAUGACUGGUCCGAGUAACUGUACAGUGGCAUUUUCGGGCACGAAAAGUGCUUGUCCACACCUUCCGUGCACGCAUCGGCCUCCUCUUUGGUUGCUGGAAAUUGCAUGAAAUGCGCACUUGUCGAUACCCGUAACAAUCGCGUCAUGAAACAUUACAUAGAAAAGCAUACUUACCAAACAACUUCAUAAUUUGGGCCCGGAAAUAUCUGCUGUUUUCUUUGUCCUCCCAGCGCACUUCAUACCAUCUUGUGGAGUUGAAAUCCCUGAGACUUUUCGGAGUGAAAUUCUUAAUGCGAUCGACGGACACGGCUACCUUCAUUCUAUCAUCCCUAAAGCGCACAAAGGCAUACAUCGUGUCAGGAUGUCGAGACACACGUGCUACUGGCACUAACACUAAUACUAUAAGCCUCGACGACCACAGACCAACAAGUGCGAUGCGACAAUAGAACUGCUUCGUCGGCGAGACUCCGCCACACGCACAUAUGCGCACAUGGUGAUCGAUGGCAAUGACGAUGGGUUGGGAUAUGUAAAAUAUUCGAAACACAAUUUUAUUGUUAUAGCUUUUAUAAAUAUAUUUCGUCUUGCCGUCACGUACCUUAAAUUACAGUGAUAGUUACAUAUAAUUGUUAUUAAAAUAUGAAGUAUGUAUUAAAAUGCAUUUAGUGACAAAUAAGAUGAUAACAUGCAGCGCCAGGUUUUGAUUUUUAUACUCUUUAGCGCAAAGUCGUCCUGUAGGGCUGUAGGUUGCAAACUAUGAUGCGUGCAACACAUGUGCACCACGUUUUUGGCAUGCCCAUGGUUUUUUCCUUCGUCCAUGCCAUAGAAUGAAGAACCGCGUUACAUCCGUUCAGGAAGCUUUCCCCACGCCUUGGUGUAGGACGAGUUGGUCUGGCCUUCAGUCGUAAUACUCACAGCUCAGUUUUUAUUCGUUCAGUCUUGCCGUGCCAUUUUUUUUAUUUGUUCAGUUUUACCGUGCCGUGUACGAUGCUGUGAAUAUACGUUUUAACGUUGGAGAGCCGACAGACACCUUAGCGUUCUGCAUCAUGGACCAGACGCGAAGCACUAGCGCCGGAGGGACGUCGCAGAAGAAAAGCGCAGGAAACGUUACUUAGAGCCAGGGGAGACCUACUCCUUGCCAUGGGCAUCGUUGCGGUACCAGGAGAGGGUCCAGGACACCCAGUCAUGUUCACAGACACCUACGCAGCUUAGAAGCUCCGGCGCUGGAAGUGCAAAUGCCGGCGUGUGUGAGAUUGAUGACGACGAUGAUUUCGACGCCAGUGACCAAAACCUUGAUCAUGCGGGAAGUGACGAGGGAGAUGGCAACAAACAGUGUGACAGUGAAUCCAGCUGCUCUGAAGACUGCAGUGGUGCAGAGGAGUGCGAAGGUGAUGCAGAUGAAUUUUGUAGCCUGUUCUCAAGCAAACGUCUUCCGAACUCAGACAUAAGUGUCAGAGAUGCCAUGCCGACGCUAAUGGCGUAUAUUGCGUCAGUAGGCCUAAACUGGAUGGAUAUCGAGAAGCUUGUGAGUGUCAUAAACCUUUUUCUUGGUAUGCCCGUCCUUCCUAUUUCGAGCUACAUGCUUAGAAAAUCGUAGAGGCAGUGGAUGGGCGGCCUUGUCAAGCGACACUACUUUUGUGAGGCAUGCGAAGCUGUGAUGCCUAAUCCUCGUCAAAAGGAUUUUUUAUGCCUGCACUGCAACACCGCCAACUCGGGGCAAAAUUUUUUUUUUUACAUUGGACUUCAAGAAGCAAAUUGAAGUCAUGCUUAUUGACAAGUCUAUGUCAAAGGGCUUAAUGGAAUCCUUGAAGAAAAGGGAACUUCAAGCGGAUGAUGGCUCUAUGAAAGACAUCUGUGAUGGGUGGCUUUACAAAGAACAGAUGAAAAACUCUUCAUGGUGUGACAUAUCCCUCACAUUCAACACAGAUGGUGCGAAAGUUUUCAAAUGCAACAAAGCCAAUUCAGUGUGUGGUGAAUGAACUGCCAUUAUCCUUGCGGUGGAGUAAUGUGCUAUUAUGUGGACUAUAUUUUGGAAAGGGCCACCCAAGAAUGAGUCCAUUCCUUGGAACUUUUGUUAAAAGCCUCAAAGAACUGAACUCUGUCAAGUGGAAGUGUGACGAACAAGCGCUGUCCUCGAAGGUGCACAUCACGUGUUGUGGUGUUUGAUGCCCCAGCACGUGCAGCAGUGCUCAAUAUGAAGCAAUACAACGGCUACUUUGGGUGCAGCUUCUGCCUUCACAAAGGUGUCCAUAUUCAUGGAUCUCUGAGAUACCCAGUUCCAGAGGGAGCAAGCCACCCAAAUCUGAGGGCCAACACAAGUGUCAGGGAAGACAUGCGAAUAUCUCUGCAGUCUGGAAAUCCAUCCCACGGCAUAAAGGGGGCUUCAGCACUUGCUUACAUACCCAACUUUGACUUAGUUUGGGCUGUUUGUCCAGACUACAUGAAUUGUGUGCUAGAAGGAGUUGCAAGGUAGCUGGCCGACAUAUGGUUUGGGUCAGCAAAUUCACCAUCAUAUAUUGGAAAGCCAGCUCAAAUCAAGAGAGUGGACCAACGACUGCUCAGUAUUAAGCCACCACAGUGGUUCACCCGACUCCCACGCACUGUGCAGGAAAGAGCAGUGUGGAAGGCAAGCGAAUGGAAAUGGUGGGUUUUGUUUUAUGGCGCUCCAUGUCUUGAUGGCAUCCUGCCAUCAAACUACCACAGCCAUUUCUGCUUGCUGGUGUCAGCCAUACACAUUCUACUAAAAUCCAGUAUUAGCAGAGAAGACAUUAGUGAUGCAACAGGAAAGCUUUCUAGUUUUGUCUUCAAAAUACUGAUGCUCUAUGGUGAGACAUCAAUGACUUUCAAUGUGCAUCAACUUUUGCACCUGCCGAAGAGUGUGGUGGAACUUGGUCCUUUGUGGGCUCACUCCACAUUUGUUUUUGAGUCAGGAAAUGUUGAAAUUAAUAAGCAGUGCAAAUGGUGUGCCAGUGCAAGUUAUGGAACGGUUUGUGAUGCAUCUACAGCUUGCAAUGCUCAAGAAUACUCUUAAUUUGCAGCCUAAAGUGAAAGAAAUUUGUGAUCAGUUAACAGCGCCAGUAGCUUGCAAAAGUAAUGAAACAAAGACCUUGGGGAGAGGGGUUGUGUGUGGCAUUCCGAAGCUUGGCUACAUACCAGAUAAAGUUACCAGCUUCCAGCGCCUUUUAGUUCGAGGCCACCUGCUUCACACCAGUGCAUACCACCAUGCAAAAAAAACCAGGAGCUGUACCAUUUAAAUGUACAAUGGGUAAAUUCUAUACUUUGCACAAUGUGUAUGAACUUUGUGAUAGCUCUUGCAUGUUAAUGUGCACACAGUUGGCCUGUGAAAGGUAUCAUGACAUUUCACACAUCAGCUCCUGCAUGCCAAGGAGAGCAAAAUUGUUAAUGUCUCUUGACAGAGUAGGUAGCAUUUCUGUUUUAAUGUCUCUGGGUAGUUCCUGCUAUGUUGCAGACCUACCCAAUUUGCUUGAGAAAGACUAGAACAAGUGGUAGUCCAUUUAGUAACAGGCACGUCAACAGCAGUUGAAAUUGAAGAAUUAGUGUACCAUGUAGUUUGUUGUCCCUUUUUUUGUUAUUCGGGAGGGUGGAAGGCUCCCCUAGAAUACCUUGGCUUUCUUUCUUUGAUGUCAACCACUGCUGAAUUGCCUUAACUUCACCUGUGCCAUUGCACCCUCCUUUAGUUCCAUCUUACUCUUACAUAGAGCCCAAUUUACUUAACCUUCUUUUUUAGACCACCACUUUCAGGUAUGUUCCACAUGUUUCACUGCGUAAAACAAGCCUUCUUGUUCUAGUUUUAGGUAUAUGCAGUUUGAGCGAGCGCAUGUGGGUUUAAUCUGAGCCUUCUUUCGCUAAUUACGCAUUAUUACUGCCUUGCACAUAGUUCUACACUAACCUGGAAUAUAUUUUUUUCCAAGCUUCAUUUAGAUGGCUUUCUCUUUGUCCUGCAUACAUUAGAAGCCCUAAAAUCCUCUAAUUUAUGAGACAAAGGUGGUUAGAUACCCAGAUCCAGCCGAUCUCCAAUGAAUCUGAACUCACCAAGACAUCUUCAAAACAUGAUUGUUUUGUUAUAUCAAGAUUAUUAUUGUAUUGUUAUAUUAUUCUUUUGUUAUAUAUUGUUAGCCAUUUCAGUGGCACCAAUUAAGAACAACUCUUCUUUAGCUGAACUGUGCAAUCCUUACACUGCCCACAUUCUAUUAUUUAUUUGUUUGUUUGUUUACUUAAAUGACAAUGGUGUAGGCUGUCUUUUAGGAGCUCCAGCAGAGCGAUUACAUAGUAUGACCAGAAUGCAUAUUUUCCCUUCAAGAGACUAUGAAGAAAAGCACAAUUAAUAAGAUAAACAUUUGCAAAUACACAUGCUGUGCAUAGUAGCAACACAAUAGUGCGAGCAGCAUCCCGGGCAAGUUGGCAAUCCAUUACUUAAAUGAUAUUGCGCGACAAAAAACGACACGGACGUGAGAGACGACACACCAGGCGCAAUUGGUGUGUCGUCUCUCUUGUCCGUGCCGUUUUUGUCGCGCAAUAUCAUUUAAGUAGCACAAUAGACUUGAUGCUGUUAUAUUUCCUGUCAGAAAGAUAGGUGCAAAAAGGGCUCAGUACACAAAACAAGUGCUUGAAAUUACCAGUGCAUCUGGACUGCAAAUAAAAAGAAUUUGGGAGUGCUAGAGUUGACAAGAUUUUGUGAAAGGGUGUGCCAUUAGCUUAUUGGUUGAAGAAUGAACUAUAAACAUCCUGCGGUUCUUGCCUGUGGCACUAAAAUUGUUUUAAUGUGUUAAGGCUAUUACAUUUAUUGUGAAUAAAGGGAAAAUCAGACAUCCACCUGUUUGUAGCAAUUGCUACAAAGGAAACCCAUACGGGUUCCUCGAAAGAAAAGCCUCAUAGUUGAAGAAAAAUUCGUCCUGGUCCGGGACUCCAACCCGGGACCACCCCCUUUCCAGGGCAGCCGCUCUUCAAUUUUUCUUCAACUAUGAGGCUUUUCUUUCGAGGAACCCGUAUGGGUUUCCUUUGUAGCAAUUGCUAGAAACGGGUGAUGUCUGAUUUUCCCUUUAUUCAUUUCUUCUCUCCACCUUGCAGGUUUCCACAGAACUACUAUGUCAUACAUUUAUUGUGUUUGUCACAAUUUAUUAGGUUGAAUGUAAGAGUGAAGUCUUAUUUUAGUGCAGUUAGUGCUCAACAUCUGCAAGUUAUGUAAUUUCUAGCAAGCUUCUAGUGUCUGGUAUCUGUUACUAAGAUAUGUGUGUUGUAUGCAUUACAAGUAAACCUAAGUGCUUUAUUUCUAUGCAUUCUAUGGUACUUAUGUCUGUCUGUGUGCUGGUCCUAGAUGGCACUCAUGUAUGUGAGCAAUGGCCUGAUAGUCUUGUUUAUCUUAGCUUAGCUUGGUCACACUGGUGCAAUGCUUCAAGCGGUGUUCAGUAACCAGAGCUUUUUCAUUGCCGCUGUGCAAACAUAUGGGCUAUGUACAUUAUAGCUCAUCUUAGAAUCAACAGUUUCGAGGUGUUGCAAGUUCAUCAGCUUGCCAAAUGUCUACAUUGCCUAUCUUGUACUUAAAGCUAGCUACUUUGUCUUAUGUCUAAUUACCAUGUGUGCGCAUUUUGUGAUGCUUAGAGUAAUCCUCCAUGAGGGGUGACAUUAGCUGUUUACCACCACCAAGUACUUGCUUAAAAUUGUAUUGGUCAUCCAGAAACUGAAUGCUUUAGCAUGAUACAGUCAUUUGCAAAAAGAAGAGAAAGCAACAUCAUGUGGUAGAUAGAAGAGAAACAUUGUUCUGAUAAAUAAGAAAAAGAAGUAGCAGCUGAUCACAUAAUUUACUUGUGUCUUUCCCUUUUUCAAUUCAUUGUGGCUGUUUGAAUGAAGAAAAUAAAAGAUUUGGAAAAGUAA